UCCCCCCGCUAACCACCCUUUUUUUUCUCUUCUCUCCUCCUUCUCCUCUCGAGCUUGCUCGCCAUGCUUCCGUUGUAAUCACAACUUCAGAGGCCCUCCCCUCUUACCUCGUCGUUCGCCCUCAAUUCUCUCUGGCAUCACUGCUCUUUCCCCAAUCCAACUCCGCGCAUAUCCUCGGCCUCGGCACAUUCCAGUCCCUUGUGACGUCGCACUGCACCCCACUAGCAGAUUUUUGACGCCUCGAGCAAACCCGACACCGGAUCUUUCGCUCGCGAUCCUCCCACCCGCACACGACAUCCCGCCAUCACUCAUUCACUUGCACCUACCUAUCUCCACUGACCCCGGGCCUUCAAGUCGCGUUUUACAAAACUCGCAACCGAAGCUUGAAUUCCGUUUCCUCUUCAAUAAACCCCGCCAAACCAGAACGAAGUGCUGAAUCUCAACUCGAACAUCGCCGGUUUCGCCCGAUCGAAAAUACUCGACACUCUCAAACAGCACACACAACUAUCCCACAACCCAAUAUCCCACGACUUACUCAGCCAUGGUCCGCAAUAUCAUUGUGCUUGGUGGUAACACCCACCCGGAGCUGGUCAACAGCGUGUGCAACAAUCUGGGCUUGAACCCCUGUGAGCGCAUUCUCAGCAAGUUCUCAGUUGGAGAGAGUCGCUGCGAGAUCAAAGACUCAGUGCGUGGCAAGGAUGUCUUUAUCAUCCAGAGCGCCUCUGGCUCAGUCAAUGAUGGUUUCAUGGACCUGUGCAUCAUGAUCUCUGCCUGCAAGACUGGCUCUGCCAAGAGAGUCACUGCUGUCAUGCCUCUCUUCCCUUACUCGAGACAACCCGACGUUCCCUACAAGAAGGCUGGCGCCCCCCUCUCCAAGUCAUCAGCGGAAGCAUCAAAAAACUACACGUUUGAGAGUGUGCCUUCAACUCCCGGUCCUGGAAUUGCACGCAGUGCUACCCUCUCUAACGGUAUUGAUGGUAUUGCCUCCAAGCUGGCCAAGAGCAAGCUCAACGAGGAACGGAGCAACGGCAUCAACGGAUCCUCUGACUACGUCAGGAAUGGCGAGCACAAGACCAAUGGAAAUGGGAACAGCAAUGGUCGCACCAACCACGACUCUUCGUCACAGUUCAGCUACACCACCCACGACUACGCCAACCAGAACCAGAUCAAUGGCUUCCAGUCCAAGCCCGGCUAUAAGCAGUGGGUUGCCCAAGCUGGUACCCUGGUUGCCGACCUAUUGACCUGCGCGGGAGCGGACCAUGUGAUCACGUAGGUUUCCUCCUUCACCUUCCUUGACGUGAUGUCCUUUUUUGCAUCUGCGUCUUUGUUGCCAGUUCCACAAGAGCCGACCUAUGGCUUGGCCCUGCUCGCCUGCACUUCUUGAUUGCUUCCU